UCUGUACUCCUCAUUCUCUGAAAAUUGCUGUUGUCUCUUGCAGUUAUGAAGAAGGUAACUGAAGAGUCUGUUUCUUGGAAUGAAUCAACAAGUGAAACGAAUAACUCCAUGGUGACUGAAUUCAUUUUUCUGGGUCUCUCUGAUUCUCAGGAACUCCAGAUUUUCCUAUUUGUGUUGUUUUUUGUAUUCUAUGGGGGAAUCGUGUUUGGAAACCUUCUUAUUGUCAUAACAGUGGUAUCUGACUUCCACCUUCACUCUCCCAUGUACUUCCUGCUAGCCAAUCUUUCAUUCAUUGAUCUGUCUUUGUCUUCUGUCACAGCCCCCAAGAUGAUUACUGACUUUUUCAGUGAGUGCAAAGUCAUCUCUUUCAAGGGCUGCCUUGUUCAGAUAUUUUUCCUUCACUUCUUUGGUGGGAGUGAGUUGGUGAUCCUCAUAGCCAUGGCCUUUGACAGAUAUGUAGCAAUAUGCAAACCUCUGCACUAUACCACAAUUAUGUGUGGCAACACAUGUGUCGGUAUUGUGGCUGUUGCAUGGGGAAUUGGCUUUCUCCAUUCGGUGAGCCAGUUGGCCUUUGCAGUGCACUUACCCUUCUGUGGUCCCAAUGAGGUGGAUAGCUUUUAUUGUGACCUUCCUAGGGUAAUCGAACUUGCCUGUACAGAUACCUACAGGCUAGAUAUUAUGCUCAUUGCUAACAGUGGUGUGCUCACUAUAUGUUCUUUUGUUCUUCUAAUCAUCUCAUACACUAUCAUCCUAAUGACCAUCCAGCGCUGCCCUUCAGAUAGCUCAUCCAAGGCUCUGUCCACUUUGACUGCUCACAUCACAGUAGUUCUUUUGUUCUUUGGACCAUGUAUUCUUAUUUAUGCCUGGCCAUUCCCCAUCAAAUCAUUAGAUAAAUUCCUUGCUGUAUUUUAUUCUGUGAUCACCCCUCUCUUGAACCCAAUUAUAUACACACUGAGGAACAAAGACAUGAAGACUGCCAUAAGACGGCUGAGAAAAUGGGAUGUACAUCCCAGUGUAAAGUCUUAAAUCUUAUAUAACUGUGAGAUUCAUCUCGGAUGACAUAAAAUGUAGUGAAGUUGGUAAGUUAGUAAAGCUCAUGAAAACGGUCUUCUAUUCCCUAUUAAAUUAAUACGUAAUAAUUUAAUAAUAGCCCAGGAACUUUCACAUACAUUGCCUCAAUUUAUCUUUCAACAACUUGAGUGUUACAUUUUAGAAUGCAGAUAUAAAGUUAUUAUGCUUUCAAAAUAUUCUUUUACUAAUUCUUAGAACAAAGACAGGCAUAAAUAUAUUACUAUUUGUAUACGCCCAUUCCUUCCUGUAUGAUCCUAAGUUUAGUAGAACAAAGGAGAGAAAAUAGCCUAGCUUAUAAACAUUUUAAAAUUUUUACUUGGCCCAUUUGUGAAAAACAUAAAAAAAGAACUGCCACAUGCUUAAUUUUUAAAAAUAUGCUUAGUGAUAUGGAGAUAUAUGUCAACUUUUAAGAUGUUUGAAAAAAAAUGCCUCUCAUUAUAAGAGUUUAUACUUCACCUCCCACCACUGUAACAACCCCAAUUCAUGAGGGCAUUAUCAGGCGUAAUAGGAAGAGUAAAUUUGCCAAUGUAAAAUGUGCCUUUUAGGCACUUGACAUGUGUGACAUAUGAAAACUGCUCAUAAGCAGCAGAACGAAUUUAGAGGGAUCCAGUCUCUCAUCAUGUUGGCAUAAAGUGUCUUACUAGUAUCCAUCUAUGUCAUUUUUUCAUAGUUAACCUUUAAAAACACAGGCUUUAAAGUAACAACAAAAAAAAGCUGGGUUCAACUCUACUGACUCUUAUUAAUCAUGAUUUUGGACACAUUUCUUAGCUUUCUUAAGCUUUUGUUUUGACAUUUAUAAAUAGGUGAUAAUACAAAUUAUGCAUGGUU